UGUUCGUUAACAGAUAAGCCAAUUCUCGAAAUUUUCCUCCGCUUCACUCUCACUGUUCUGCAAUGCACGCGACUGCCUUUAGGACCCUGUUGCGAGACAUUGGAACUACUUUCAGAGCUUCAAGGCCAGUGGCCUGUGCUUGGUGUUCCUUCUUCUCCUAUACUCUUCGACCUCUCCAACUGAAUCCUGUCACAUAUCACUUCACAAGAGGAACAGUGCCCAUGCCAGUCGCAAUUAUCACAGGAGCAAGUUCUGGAAUAGGACGUGCGGCUGCUGUUCUUUUUGCAAAGCAUCGAUAUCAACUAUCGCUUACUGGCCGCAACGAAGCAGCAUUGAGAGAGGUUGCGCAUGAGUGCAUACAAGAAGGGAUUACGGAAAACGAUGUUGUCAUCAGUGCUGCUGAUUUGUCUACGGAAAGCGCUCCAAAGACGAUCGUUGCCAACACUUUAGGAAAAUUUCAGAGGAUUGAUUCUCUGGUAAACUCCGCUGGAAUUCUUCGUUCUGGUCCUGUACUUGAAUCGGACAUAUCUGUUUAUGAUGAGCUAUUUGAUGUGAACGUUAGAUGCCUUGUGCGUCUUACUCGUGAAGUUCUGCCUCAUAUCAUCAAGGCUAAGGGCACUAUUGUCAACGUAAGCAGUAUAAAUGGACCGUGUCCGUUUCCUGGAGUUGCUUAUUAUUGCAUGUCUAAAUCCGCGGUAGAUCAGUUCACAAAAUGCCUGGCAUUGGAGAUGGCUCCUCAUGGGGUGCGAGUGAAUGCGGUCAAUCCUGGAGUUACUGUCACAAACCUUCAUCGGCGCUCUGGGCAAGAUGAAAAGACCUAUGCUGCGUUUUUGGAAAGAAGCAAAACGACGCACGCUUUGGGCAGACCCGGCGAUCCUAGAGAGGUUGCUGAGGCUAUUCUUUUCUUAGCAUCUGAAAGAAGUUCAUUCACGACCGGCCAGCUGCUUCGUGUUGAUGGUGGACGAGGCAUCAUGUUCCCUCGCUAA